ACCAUGGCUGAUCGGGAACAACUUGUACAAUUACAAGCAGACAAGAAGUUGGAAGGGCCACUGACGGAGUUAAAGAACUUUGGAGAGUCAUCAAGAGCGGGACUGCGUGGUGUCGGCCCAACAGGCCCAAGGCAACCAACAAUGCCAGUGGAUACCCAACCACAACGCGUGCCCGUUCAGCAGGUCCCGUUUGCGAGACCACUGAAAGAUCAACUUGCUGCGUUAAAUUUUAGUCCGGCAUCUUGGUCCGUUCUUCAAAACCUGCAAGCUCAAUAUGGAGGCGAGAGUCGAGCAGUCAGUUCAGUCCAAGACGGACUGAGAAAUGUCAUAGCAACUGCUGGUAACGCUCGCCCUGAAAGUCUUGAGGAUUCUGAAGACAAAUACAGGGAACUUAGUGGAGGGGUUCUGUUUUCAGGAGAGAGGUUCACGGGAAAUCACUGUUUUGAUUUCAGUAAAGUGGAGUUUCAACACAUACUGUAUUCGCAACAGGGGGCCCGGGUGACUGCGCAGACCAAACCUGCUAUGACUGCGGGUCGGAUUUACCUGACCAAUCAGCGACUUAUUCUACUUUCUAUAAGAGACGAGACAGGCCUGCAGUUGACUGACGAGGGUUCACAGCCAGCGGGAGAGCACAAAUGCGUGACCUUAUCUAUCACCGGCGGCAAAACCAGUACUUUCCGCUACGAGAGCAUCCAACUAGCAGACAUUCGCGGUGUCGACAUGAGCUCGGUGUUUAGCGAUACUUCGUCGACAAACGUCAAAGGCUUCAUACCGCCACCGCCACCUCAUUGGUUCUUCUCGUGUUGCUGCACAGAGGAGGCUGAAUGGAAAUUGUCGCGUCACAUCUCAUCAUCAACAAACUGGGACGGAGUGAUCAAUCUGGGUACACUCCUUCCUCCAUGGCAGACCAAAUGUAAUGUCGCCAUCUUCAUGCCGCGAAAUAGCGAAACGGCUGCAGGGGUGGAGUUCAUCCGGGCACUUCAGUGUGCUGCUCCUGCACUUCAACCCAAUCCAGGAAACUGAUUUUAAAAAGGAAUGAGGUUUUGGGAUAGAAUUUCUGCGUCUAUAUGCUCGUUUGGUUGUUGUUUUGUUCACUUUUCCUUUUUGAAGAAAUGGGAACCUUGCCGCGAUGCAAGUUUGGUUGGAUAGGUUCAGUUCAGUUUAGUUCAGGUCAUCAAACAAUAGAAAAUGAUUUAUCCACUGGUUUUAUGUGGAGUGGAGAUUUUCGAAAACAAGAGGAUUGUAAUAAAUUUCCAUUCUGUCCAAACUAGAUAGGGGUUGGUCUAUUUUCAUUGAAGGGUGUAAGAGGUUAAAGACACUCAUAUUGUUCGUUACAUUAAAUACACCCAUGGACACUAUAGGUAAUUGUCAAAGACCACUCUUCUCACUUGGUGUAUCUCAACAUGCAUAAAAUAACAAA